GAGAAGGCGUGAGGGAGGACUGCAGUGGGAGAAAGACACGUUUUGUCCAGAAGAUGCUUUCAAAAGCUGGAUCUUUGUGGACAUCUUAGGACAUCUGAGAACCUCCACUGACCAACCAGCUUGCUGAAUUGUUUACAUUAACUUACUCUUUCUGAACAGCCUGAUUUCCGUGAACUUCAACCAUACUUUGACUUUUAAGGGUGAGUGGUGGACCAUGCUUUCCCUGUGGUUGUUCCUACUUCCCUGCCUGAGCCUGGUGCCAGUGACCCCAGCUGAGAACGGCUUGGAAUUCCCUCAGUAUGAUGGAAAAGACCGCGUUCUUGACAUAGAUGACAAGAACUACAAGAAAGCCAUUAAGAAGUACAGCAUGCUUUGCCUGUUCUAUCAUAAACCCAUACCAGACACCAAGGAGCUACAAAAGCAACACCAGAUGACAGAGUUGGUUUUGGAGCUUGCAGCUCAGGUCUUGGAAGACAAGGACAUUGGAUUUGGAAUGGUUGACUCCCACAAAGACAUGAAAGUGGCCAAAAAAACUGGGUGAUUUUGAUUCUCUUCCUUCAAAGGUCUGGAUGAGGAGGGCAGUGUGUAUGUUUUUAAGGAUGAUCGGGUGAUCGAGUUUGACGGCCUUCUCUCUGCAAACACUCUGGUGGAGUUCUUACUGGAUUUGAUGGAGGAGCCUGUCGAACUGAUAGACAAUGCUCUGGAGCUUAGAGCCUUUGACAGGAUGGAGGAAGAUAUCCGCCUUGUUGGUUAUUUUAAGAGUGAAGACUCAGAGCACUAUGAAGCAUUCAAAGAGGCUGCAGAGCAGUUCCAGCCUUACAUUAAGUUCUUUGCCACAUUUGAGAAAUCUGUGGCCAAGGAGCUGACUCUGAAGGUAAACGAAGUGGAUUUCUAUGAGCCCUUCAUGGAGGAGCCUGUCACCAUCCCAGGCAAGCCACACUCUGAGGAGGAGCUGGUGGAAUUCAUAACUGAACACAGACGACCAACUCUGAGAAAGCUCCGUGCGGAGGAUAUGUUCGAGACCUGGGAAGAUGAUAUUGAGGGCAUCCACAUUGUAGCUUUUGCGGAGGAGGAGGACCCUGAUGGCUAUGAGUUCUUAGAAAUCCUGAAGGAGGUGGCUCGAGACAACACUCACCUACCAGACCUCAGCAUCGUUUGGAUUGACCCCGAUGACUUCCCCCUGCUCAUCCCUUACUGGGAGAAGACCUUCAAAGUGGACCUGUUCAGACCUCAGAUCGGAGUCGUCAAUGUUACGGAUGCCGACAGCGUGUGGAUGGAGAUGGACGAUGAAGAGGACCUGCCCACCGCACAGGAACUGGAAGACUGGAUCGAAGAUGUGCUCUCAGGCAAAGUUAACACUGAGGAUGAUGAUGAUGAUGAAGAUGAUGAUGACAAUGAUGAUGAUGAUGAUGAUGAUGAUGACGAGGACGCAGAUGAUGAUGAUGACGAUGAUGACGAUGAUGACGAUGAUGAUGACAAUGGUGAUGAGGAAACUGACGACGAUGAUGACGAUGAUGAUGACGAUGAAGAUGACGACGACGAUGAUGAUGAAUAAAUCAUAGUCUCAGAGUAUCAAAUCUUCGUCCCUGACUAGUUUCAGGCUGAGCUGAACAUGAACUGCCAGUAAACUGUAAAACUGUAAAAUAAAAAUUCCAUCUUUGUACCAAAUGUUUGUAUACAAACAAUAACAAAUGACAUAAAAAUGUCAUUUUAAUGUAUACAGUAUACAAACCUCAAGUGGGUUAUGGGAUUAAAGUGAUGAAAAUGUCUUUAAAGGACUGUUAAUAAUAAAGGUUGAAACAUCA